CAAACGAACGGACGGCAAGGAACGAGUCGGUGACGGUUCAUACACCGCUGCAAGGGAAAAUGUUUUGAUUCUCGAGUGAAGUUGAGGGGACGCUGGGAGCGGAGAAGUGGAGAGGUUAGGAGAUGGCCCCUGCCAAGGGCGGGAGGCGGAACGACCGCCAUGUGAAGGAGGCGACCACGGCGACGAGGUCGGGCCGGCGGCCGGUCGGGUUUGCGUUCUCCAAGUUCGGGAGGAGGCUUGCCGCUCAGCACGCCCGGCGGAAGGCCGUCAAAGAGCGCGGCAGCCGCAAGCGCGGCCGUGCUGGAUUGGCGGGCGGAACAAGACGUAAGUGGGUCCUAGAUGCAAAGAUGUUACGUGCCCAUAGACGAAGAGAAGGUGUAGUUCACAAACAAGAUGGUCUAAUCACUGGCAGGCUUGGUGAAGCCGCAGUUCAUAAAUAUUGGGUUGAGAAGCUGCUGGGGUCUAGCAGCGUAAAGUGGAUGAACGAAGACAUUGAAUCCGGGCUACCUUAUGAUAUCACCAUCACAGAAGGUGACACAAUCGAGUAUGUUGAAGUGAAAACAACAGUUAUUCCAAACAAGAACUGGUUCUACAUUAGCCGCAGGGAACUGCAGUUUGCAGCAGAGAAAGAAGAUUCGUUAACCAUUGCCAAUGUGUUGCUGUCGAAGCCAGAUAAAGCAAGCAUAUUGUUCCUGAAAAACCCGCACAAGCAUCUCCGACAGAGGGAUUUGAAUCUUGCCCUUGUUAUGUCGAUGAGAUGCGAAGAGCUCGUUGGCGAAUGCAUGGAAUAAAUUUCAGUAGUACUGAAGCCUGGCUAGCAUUUGAUAACCUCUGUUCAAGUGCUGUAAAUGAUAACCGGUUCAAGUGCUGCAUUUGGUAUGCUCAUUUGCACCUAUGUCAUGACACUGUUAUUGGCAUCCUAGUUCUUUUACAUUUCGUCCUGGUGAUGAGGUUAACCGGUGCUGCUGUUGCUUCAUUGUAGCAUAGAAAUAAGCAAAUACUCCUACAGCUGGAUUGUUGUUAUUAGUUUGCUGCAAUGCUGGCAGGCCUGCAGUUCUGUGUUAGUGAUGGUGGCCUUCUUGCCGCGAAAGAAUGUAAGGAAAAAAAGGGCUGCUGCAGUGCAGCCGGCAACAGUCUAAGUUCCGAGCAGGGCUUAACUUCUUGAUUAUUUGGAGAGGUUAAUCUUUAUCUUCUUGCAUGGUUGUAAAUAUACCGUGGCUCAGUUGGCAGGUCUCUCGAUAACUCGAUUCUCGAUA